AUGAAUAGAGGUGUUUUGCAGAGCUCACCGGUGCAAAAGAUGGUGGCUGCCGGCAGCCCCAACUGGCCGUGGACGAUGGAUAAUAAUACAAGGCCUCCCUCCCUUCUGCCACAAUCUUUUAUAAAUCCACCUUUGAAUUAUGUACCUCAGUUCACUGCACCAUAUCCUUCUUCAUGGAAUGAUAGCCAGGAACUUCCUGAAUCAUGGAGCCAACUACUAGGGGGGUUGGUUGGUGAAGAAGAGAAGCCUAGUUUGAGCCAUUUGCAGGCGAAAAAGGUCGAAUAUAUAGAACAACUGCUGAAUCAGCAGACUUCCAAUGGCUCUGCAAAUGUUGAUGUAAAGCAAGAACUAAGCUCAAAAACUUUAUCUCCGAAGUCGUGUGUCACCGCUUUGAGAAAUAACAUGAUGGAUUUUUCUAACAAUCCAGAUCUGAAACAUCCACAGCCAGAUCGUUCGUCUGAUUGCAACAACACAGCCACAGGUGGGGUAGCCAAGAAGGCCAGGAUUCAACCUUCUUCAGCCCAGUCCACAUUCAAGGUGAGAAAAGAGAAAUUGGGAGACAGAAUAACAGCCCUUCACCAGUUAGUUUCCCCGUUUGGCAAGACUGACACAGCCUCUGUGUUGUUCGAAGCAAUUGGAUACAUCAGAUUCCUUCAGAGCCAAAUUGAGGCCCUAAGCUUGCCGUACUUGGGUAUUAAGUCAGGAAAUCUGAGGCAGCAGUACCCUUUUCGAGGAGAGAGGAAUUGUUUAUUUCCUGAAGACCCUGGGCAGCUGUUGAAUGAAAACUGCAUAAAGAUGAAAGGAACAUCUGAGCAGGAUUGUCGUGAAGAGCCAAAGGAUUUGAGGAGUAGAGGGUUGUGCCUAGUUCCCUUAUCCUGCACUCUCCAUGUUGGUAGUGACUUUAAUGGAGCAGAUUAUUGGGCUCCUCCUGCACUUGGAGGAAAUUUUCGAUAA